AUGGACGCUCGCCGCGCGCGGCAAAAGGAUUGCAGAGCCAAGAAGAACUUCAAGAAAUUCAGAUAUGUGAAGUUGAUUUCCAUGGAAACCCCGUCAUCCUCUGAUGACAGUUGUGACAGCUUUGCUUCUGAUAAUUUUGCAAACACAAAACCUAAAUUCAGGUCAGAUAUCAGUGAAGAACUGGCAAAUGUUUUUUAUGAGGACUCUGAUAAUGAAUCUUUCUGCGGCUUUUCAGAAAGUGAGGUGCAAGAUGUGUUAGACCAUUGUGGAUUUUUACAGAAAUCAAGGCCAGAUGUCACUAACGAACUGGCCAGUAUUUUUCAUGGCGACUCUGAUGAUGAAUCGUUUUGCGGUUUCUCAGAGAGUGAGAUACAGGAUGGAAUGAGGCUGCAGGCGGACCGCGAGGGCUGUCGGACCCGCAGUCAGUGCACGCGGUCGGGACCUCUCCGCGUGGCCAUGAAGUUUCCCACUCGAAGCACCAGGGGAGCAGCCAACAAAAGAACAGUGCCCUCUGAACCCCCAGAGAAUUCUGUGACCGAUUCCAAUUCUGACUCGGAAGAUGAAAGUGGCAUGAAUUUCUUGGAGAAAAGGGCUUUAAAUAUAAAGCAAAACAAAGCAAUGCUUGCAAAACUCAUGUCAGAAUUAGAAAGCUUCCCUGGCUCCUUCCCUGGAAGGCGUUCCCUGCCGGGCCCCAGUUCACGUCCAAAGACCCCGAGGAGGCGCACAUUUCCAGGUGUCGCCUGCAGGAGAAAUCCUGAGCGGAGAGCUCGUCCGCUCACAAGGUCUAGGUCCCGGGUCCUUGGGUCACUCAUGGCCCUGCCCACAGAGGAGGAGGAGGAGGAAGAGGAAGACAGGUACAUGCUGGUGAGGAAGAGGAAGCCCAUGGUCGGCUACAUGAACGAAGAUGACAUGCCCCGAGGUCGUCGCCCCGGACCCAUGACCCUUCCCCAUGUCGUUCGCCCGGUGGACGAAAUUACGGAGGAAGAGCUGGAGAACAUCUGCAGCAACUCCCGAGAGAAGAUCUAUAACCGUUCAUUGGGGUCAACUUGUCAUCAGUGCCGCCAGAAGACUAUCGAUACCAAGACAAACUGCAGAAACCCAGAGUGCUGGGGCGUUCGAGGUCAAUUCUGUGGCCCCUGCCUUCGAAACCGUUACGGUGAAGAAGUCAGGGAUGCUCUCCUUGACCCAAACUGGCACUGCCCACCGUGUCGUGGGAUCUGCAACUGCAGCUUCUGUCGGCAGCGAGAUGGGCGGUGUGCAACUGGGGUGCUCGUGUACUUAGCCAAGUACCAUGGCUUUGGGAACGUGCAUGCUUACUUGAAAAGUCUAAAACAGGAGUUUGAAAUGCAAGGAUAA